AGGCACUAGGUCUAGGACAGGAUGAAGAUGUCUGUCGUGGCCGUGGGCACGUUUCAUUUAACACUGAUGAAGAUGUGAUAAGUCUGCGUCUCCAUACCGACGACGGGAUGACCAUGGCGCGGCAUCCUCCUCGAUUUCUACCACGUUGUCCAUUUUGGGUCUUGGCUGGACUUACCUCGCACCCAGUCCUAGUGUUGCUCCUCCUGCAACUAGGCACAACUGCAACUGCUGAUGCUAAGGAGAACGGUGCCCCCGCCAGAGAGGACUUGUACAACGAAGACGCUUCUCAAGAAAGUCCUCAACAAGACCAAGAAGACGAUCCUCCGCAAACGGGUCUCCGCUUUGACCUCGGUUGCAAUCGACAAGACUGGCUCCCCGCUUCUGAGGGCCUAACACAAGCGUUCGAUGGGUUUCGGAAUAGUUGUCCAGCUUCGAUCUACCAUUUGGAUCGGAGCUGCUGCAACGAUGAGGCUGUGCGCAUCAUGCAAUCCAUGACGGAGAGUGCCUUAUCCUUGAAGCGAAGGCUCGUACCGGAUACCAACCAGUUCGUCACGGAUGCUGAAGUCUUGUUGAAGAACACGGAAGAGCAUUUGUUGAAGAAGUUUGGAGGUAGCCGCGUGAAUGGUGGAAAAGAAGGCGAGCCUGAAUCUUCAACCUCAGAAGAUGAAACUGCACCAGCAGCAUUAUCACCAGAGCUAUCGUACAUGCGGGAAUGUCAAUUGCGGCGUCUGCGUGUGGCUUUUUCCAGACGAGAUGCUGGAAGGCAAGCAGCGCAGCUUCUACAGACCGGUCUUGAGGCAGUAGAGAGAUCGGCGAGGAGACUCUACUGCGAGCAGUGCUUUGAAAGGAGGGAGAUGAUGGAAGGAGAUUCCUCAGGAGGAGCAGAGAAAGACAGCCGUGUUGGAGGAGGUAUCCUUCCAUGGAAACGUCUACAACCUGUGGCCGGUGGUGUAGAUGGCAUACCACUGGAAGGCCUUGAAAUUCUAGCUGGUAAACUAUACGGAGAAGACCACCUCGUAGGAGCCACUACUUCAAUAUCUUCUGCUCCGGGUUCCUCCUUAGAUGUCCUAGAAAGUGUCGUUCUACGUCUACAGCGCCUCGGAAGCUGGCUACGACAGGGUGACCGCGCUGCGCUGGAG